UUGGAAGAAUAGAAUGUAUAAAUUUUCCCCCUUCUUCGAGCCUUAUCUUCUUGUCGGAGAGGAUAAUCACAACCGCACCAUUGCAAAAUUGCAAGGCAAUUUCAGGUCGAGUAUGAAGAAGAGUACGGUGUCGCCGACCACUGUACUAUUUGUUGUUGCCGCAAUACUAAUUUUUUACUAUUACGAUGUGUCGUCGGCGAAAUUAGAUUCAGAGCCGAAACCAUCCCCGUGGCCUCAUCAAUUUCACUCGAUACUGUUCGUCAACUACAGUGGAUCUCUAAGCCUAAUCGACCUAUGGUACGAUUGGACCAAUGGCCGCAAUUUCAACAUCAUACAGGAUCAGCUAGGUAAGCUUCUUUAUGAUCUCGAAUGGAACAAUGGCACUGUAUUCCGCUACACUUUAGACGACAAUAAGAAGGAAUGUAGUUCAGCGCUGAUUGAUGUUGGGAUUCUUCGACCUAAUUGGCUUGACGGAGCUACUUAUCUUGGUCAACAAUUGAUCGACGGAUUUCAGUGUAAUGUAUGGCAGAAAGUGGAUUUCAUUUGGUAUUACGAAGACGUCGUCACCAAGAGACCCGUCCAUUGGGUUUUCUAUACUGGAAGGUCUCUUCACGUAAUGACUUUCGAAGUGGGAGCAGUUCUUGAAGACGCAAAAUGGCAAGCCCCUGUAUAUUGUUUUGAGAAAAAACAGGUUAAAGAUCACGCUGCAUCAGACAACAAUAUUCUGGAAAAUGGCUGGAAUGGUAUUUUAAGAGAGUUCAUUCAGCCACGCGAUUAUGCAAAUAGCUAACUAGAUGUUUUUAGUUAUGUAAAUGUAUUUGCCUUGUUUUGCUACCUGUAUCAGAAGUGGACUGGAUAGAAAUAAUUAGUUUCAUCCCUUACUGUAUAUUGACAAUAAGAAGCUUGCUGAAAAGCAGUUAAUCCCAUCAGGGCUGUGUGUUACAGUGUUUCUUAAUAA